CCUUUCCAACUCAACGAGAGCAACCUCUCCUUCGCUCCCCCUACCUUCCGUCCCAAGAAUCCUCCAUUAUACCUUCUCCACCGUUCUCCCUUUCCUGGGCACGCUCCCUCUAAGAACUCCGGCGGAUGGAUCGCCGGCAUUCCUGACAAUGCCGCCGGAACAACAGUUGCUCUCCCUUUUCUUCUUAUUAUUGCUCUCGUUGGAAGGCGGCUUGUCCGCGAGGUUCGACUUCGGGACCCUGACGCUCGGGAGUUUAAAGCUUUUGGGCGACGCCCAUCUCAAGAACGGCAGCAUCCGCCUCUCACGUGACUUGCCCGUCCCCAACUCCGGCUCCGGCCGCGCCCUCUACGCCGACCCCGUCCGCCUCCGCCACCCCUCUACACGCCUCCCCUUUCCCUUCUCCACCUUCUUCUCCUUCUCUAUUACUAAUCUCAACCCCUCCUCCAUCGGCGGCGGCCUCGCCUUCCUCCUCACCUCCGACGACCGCGCCCUCGGCGACGCCGGAGGCUUCCUCGGCCUCCUCACUGCCUCCGCCGGCGCCGGCGCCGGCGGCCCCUCCGUCGUCGCCGUCGAGUUCGACACCCGCAUGGACGUGGAGUUCCAGGACAUCAACAGCAACCACGUCGGGGUGGACAUCAACAGCAUGGUCUCCGCCCAGGCCGCUGAUCUCGACUCCGCCGGCAUCGACUUGAAGAGCGGCGACCGCAUCAACGCCUGGAUCGAGUAUGGCGGCGCUGGCGGUGGCGCCGUCGACCGCGGGCUCCUCCAGGUCUUUGUCUCCUCCUCCACCGUCCGCCCCGCCGAUCCGGUCCUCUCGGUUCCCCUCGACCUCGGCCAAUUCCUCGACGACUUCACCUUCGUCGGCUUCUCUGGAUCCACCCAGGGGAGCACCGAGAUCCACAGCAUCGAAUGGUGGAGCUUCUCCUCUCCCUCUCCCAGCGCCGUCCCCUCCACUACUCCCCCGAAGCUCAACUCCCCCAGUUCCAACAUCUCCGCCCCUUCGCCGUCCGUCUCCAUCGCGGCCGCCGCGGGCCCGAGCAACGAGACCGCCGUUGCCCAUUCGUCGUCGCCGUGCCAGACCAACGGGCUCUGCAGGCAGGGCCCCGCCGCCGUGGCCGGGGUGGCGAUGGCAGGGGUCUUCUUCGUCGCGGCCUGCGCCGGCGUUGGCAUCUGGGCCUUCGCCCGGCGUGCCAAAGCCCUCAAGAAAUGGAACGGCUUGGCGGCGGCUUCGGAGAUUGUGAAGACCCCGAGGGAGUUCAGCUAUCGGGAGCUGAGCACUGCCACCCGGGUCUUCGACCAAUCUCGGAUGAUUGGCCAUGGCGCCUUCGGGACCGUGUACAAGGGCAUCAUCCCAGAGACCGGCGCGAUGGUGGCUGUCAAACGAUGCAUCCAGGGCGGCGGCGGCGAUAAUGGCGGAGCACAGGCGAGGGCGGAGUUCCUCUCGGAGCUUUCCAUCAUCGCCAGUCUCCGGCACCGGAACUUGGUCCGCCUCCAAGGCUGGUGCCACGAGAAGGGGGAGAUCCUACUCGUCUACGAUUACAUGCUCAACGGGAGCCUCGACAAGGCCCUGUUCGAGCCAGAAGCGCCGCCUCUGGCGUGGCGCCACCGGAGGAAGAUCCUGAUCGGCGUGGCCUCCGCCCUCGCCUACCUCCACCGAGAGUGCGAGCGCCAGGUGAUCCACCGCGACGUCAAGUCCAGCAACGUCAUGCUCGACGAGGGCUACCACGCCCGCCUCGGCGACUUCGGCCUCGCCCGCCAGAUCGAGCACGACAAGUCCCCCGACGCCACCGUCACCGCUGGCACCAUGGGCUACCUCGCUCCCGAAUACCUCCUCACCGGCCGCGCCACCGAGAGAACUGACGUCUUCAGCUUUGGCGCAUUGGUCCUCGAGGUUGCCUGCGGCCGCCGCCCCAUCGACGGCGACGACCGGCCCGCCGGCAGCAGCACCCAGUGGUGCAGCAAUUUGGUCGAGUGGGUAUGGGGAUUGCACGGCGGGGGAAGAAUUCUAGAGGCGGCGGACCGGCGGCUGGAGGGGGAGUUCGACGAAGGGGAAAUGAGGAGAGUUCUGUUGGUGGGGUUGGCAUGUUCGAGCCCGGACCCAAACCUGCGGCCGGGGAUGAGGAGUGUCGUCCAGAUGCUGAGCGGCGAGGCCGACCCGCCCUUUGUGCCGGUAUCCAAGCCGUCCAUGACCUUCAGCUCCAACCACCACCUCCUCCUCAGCCUCCAGGACAGCGUCUCCGACUACACCGCCAUGGGGCUCAACCUGUCCUCCUCCUCCUCCUCCUCCUCCUCUCUUCGGAGUACACUCAGAGGUGGCAGCGGAGGGUGAUGUCCUCUGCCGCCCACCGGGAGGUGAUUGGAUUCCAGCCUGCCUCGGAUUCUUACAUACGGUAUAUGUACGUAUAAUUAUAAUUAUCGUCGGCAUGCUUAUAAAUCUAUCCUAUUUAUUUAUUUAUUUAUAUCAAAUUCAUUAUUCAUUUUAAUUAUAACUUACGUUCAUCAUUUGUUUAUCGGUAUAAGAAUGGCAAGCCCAACAUAAAUUAGGGGCCUCUUAAUUUUUUUUGACUUUCUUAAUUAAUCUUAUUUUUUAGUUUAAUGGUUAAUAAUACCCUGUGCACGGAAAGGUAUCAUAACUUGUAUAUUAUUUUAUAUUAUUUAGCUGGGCAACAAAAAGGCUACGAAGAUGCCUUUCAAGCUAAGCAUAUAUUUAGAGAGCACAACAAGAUUGUCUGCUUAUGUGGCUAACUAUUUAGGAAGUAUCGGAGGGAGAGUUGCUUCGAAUAUUCUAUGAGCUUGUAUUUUUUGCUUUUAUUGCAUGUAAUCGUAUACAUAUUGUAUGAUCAACCUGUUAAAAAAAAAAAAAAAAAGCUACAAUGCGGAAUGAUAGUUUUAUCAUACUUUCUUCUAGUUAUAAGGUACUUAUUAUGUAUUUAUUACAGAUAUAUUUGCUCAAACGUGUUUUGAAAUUAUUAGUGCGUGAUGUGGUUAGGGGGGCCUCCUUUUUUUGGCGACAACGGUGGGCCGUCCUUCGGAUCUGGUGCCGUUGACAAGGCGGCGUUGCGUAAGGGGAAAGGGUGAGGACGGCCGUGGAAAUUUGGUGCUGGUUUGAUCAUUAGUAUAUUGAAAUGGAGAAGAAACGGUAGGAAGGGAACCGACAACCGAGGUGAGGUCACGUGCCAUGAUGGUUGCGUAUUGCCUCUGCUAGUUCACAGGAAAAUUUGUUUUCCAGUUUUUCCUCUCUUUUUUUUGGAAAACCAAAAAUGUUUUUUUCUUGGUAUGAUUAAAAAUGGAUUUCCCCAAAUUCAGCA